AUGACACAAAUCAGAAGAGAUGGUCCAAAACCUCGCCACCAAAACGAUUAUGCUUUCAAACACAACAAGGCUUCUAAAUUAACUGCUAAAAUUCUUUCUACUCCGAAUGUUGGACUUUGUAAAAGAUGUCACGACAUUAUUGAAUGGAAGAAAGCUUACAGAAAGUAUAAACCACUAACACAACCAAGAAGAUGUAAUGUUUGUCAACAAAAAACUAUCACACUGGCCUAUCACGUUAUCUGUGAUGCUUGUGCCAAAAAACAGAAAAAAUGUGCCAAAUGUUGUGAGUCGUAUGAUGAUAAGUUAGUUGGUGAUGAACAAUUGGCAGAUGAAAUUCAAAGUUUGGAAGAGUUGGAAAGACAAAUGAGUACAAUGAGUCUUAGAAAACAACAUAAUAUUAUGAGAGAAGCAGAAAAAUUGGCUGAAGAAGAUAGAAAAAAGGAUGCUAAGGAUGGUAAUGGCCUCGAUAAUGAUGAUAGUGAUGGUGACAGCGAUGACGAGUUUUCCGAUGAUGAAUAAUUGAUGAAUUUUAAUGAUCAUCACAACCUCACUCAUCAUAUCCUCCUUUCAUUGAAAACAGGUCAUACGUGAGACGGCAGAACAUGUAAAACAACUUGAAGAUUUACAACGAGAUUGACAUAAAGUUGACUUGAAUUUAAUUUAUAAACUAUUUUCAAUAUUUGCAAAGAGAGUAUCUAGAUCAGAAAUAUCGUGCUCUUCAAUUAAGUCUGAUUGAAUAUCGAAGAGUGGUGGUAAAUUGUUGAUGGAUUCAAUUAUUUCCUCGCCGUGCUGAAAAUCAAUAAGAGUAUCACCACAGAAUUCUUCGUCUGAAUUCAGUAUUUUGAGUUCAGUAGCUUCUUCAAUGAGAUUGUUAUCAAUAGAAUGAAGAGAUUGUUCAUUAGAAGACAGGGUCAAUUCUGACACCAUGGAAAAGUCAUUCAAUAAUUCAUCAAUUUCAUUAAAAUUGAGAUCGACGUUCUGUUGAAUUGAAGGAGUGUUUGGAAGGAAAUGAUCUUCUGUGACAUUUUCUUGCUGAGUGGGAAAUAGGAGUGAAUAAAUUAAACCAUGAUCUUCUCUC